AUGACUCGCGUACCCGAGAUGAGCGUCCUGAUCGCGGGGACUCGUUUUACCGUGGAAGAUCUCCAGUCCCCAGGCCACGACCGUCGCGACCGCCGUCGGUCUCGCUCCCCAGCUACUGUCGAUCGCUACGAACCCCGACCCCGACGAGAUGACCGGGACCGUGAUGAUAGACGUCGCAUGCAGUCGCCACCCGCCAAUAUUGAUCGAUACGUACCCGGUCAGGAUUCCGGGUCGAGUAAUCCAACUGUUAACCCCCUCCCCGACCCUGCCAAGCUCCAUUACCAAGUUGGCUUCUCCUACUUUGGAGAAUGGUGGAGAAUGAAUGAGAAGAUCAAGGAGGAAAAAGAGCGAAUGCGUACUGGCCGACGCCGUGAACCGGAACGGGUUCGUGGCCCAGAAGAUCGCGAAAAGGAGAAAGCCAGGAUCCAAGCUGCCUACGAUGCGUAUAAAGAAGAACUUCAAGCCAGGAUGGCACGGACAUUUGUUUCUGAACAUAAGAAAGAGCAAUGGUUCAAGGAGCGAUAUGUUCCUGAAAUUCGUGACGAUUUCAGAGGAAAGCUGAACGAAUACCGACGCGGUGCUUACAGUCAGUGGGAGCAAGAUCUUGAGUCGGGUACUUUUGAUGACUUUUCUCUUGAGGGUCUCCCUAAGAGUGAGAGUAACGGCAGUGGUGGCGUAGUUGAAAAGGAAGAAGGGGAGGCCACAGCCACAAACGAGAUCCUGGGUGUUGGAGAUCUGGUUCCAGUCAACGGUGCUGACAUCCGCGACGAGAGCCAGUUCCAGCCAACCCUCUUGAUCAAGACCAUCGCCCCGCAUGUUAGCCGCCAGAACCUCGAGGCCUUUUGUAAGGAGCAUCUCGGCGAGGAGGAAGGUGGCUUCAAGUGGCUCUCUUUAUCUGAUCCCAACCCCAGUAAGCGGUACCACCGUAUUGGUUGGGUCAUGCUCCACCCUUCAUCCGAAACAGCACUCCCUGUAGACCGUGUUGAACCCAAGGAUGAGGAUGGCGACGAGGCGAUAACAUCGCCUCAGCCGGUAUCUACUGCCGACAAGGCUCUGGAGGCCAUCAACGGUAAGACUGUCAAAGAUGAGGUCAGAGGAGACUUUGUUUGCCAUGUUGGGGUUCAUAACCCACCUGUCCAUCCCCGGAAGAAGGCCCUGUGGGAUCUCUUUUCCGCUCCUGAGCGCAUCGAUAAGGACCUCUUGCUUGUUCAGCGAAUUGUCAACAAGUUUGAGGAAGAAUUCGGAUCUGAUUUCCAAGCCACUUUGAAAAUUGAAGAAAAGGUCGAAGACCUCAGAAACGCGGGUCAGCUCCAACCGGCUGUGGUUCCGACCCCUGUCAAGAAGGUCAAGAAGAUCAGAGAAGUGGGAAUGGACGAAGCUAUGGAUGAGGAAGAAGACGGCGUUAUUGAAAUUGAAGAGGAAGAGGAGGAGGAGGAGGGAGCCGUAGAAGAUGAAGAAGUUGACGACGAGGAUCUCUUGGUCAAGAAGAAGCAACUUGAUCUCUUGAUUGAAUAUUUGCGUCGCGUCUUUAACUUCUGCUUCUUUUGUGUUUUCGAAAGCGAUUCAAUUCACGAACUUACACGAAAAUGCCCUGGUGGCCAUUUGCGCCGACCUCGCAGCACACUUUCGUCUGCCGCAAAGGCUGUUGCCAGAGCCAGUGCCAAUGGAGAACCAUUCCCAGGCAAGAAAAGGGGCGAAGGGGCAGAAGAUACCGAGGGCGAGCUUACUGAAGGUGAAAAGAAGUUUCGAAACGCUUCAAACAAGACUGAGCAGCAACUCCUUCGGGCGUUCAACUGGGUUAAGACAUUCGAAGACAAGCUUACCCAGAUUCUGGACCCUCAAUCUGUCGACAUUCGAAAGUUGGGUGGUCGACCUGCUGAUGAGGCUGUCGAAGAAGAGCUUCUCAAACACGUGAAGCAAGAGGAUGAACACAAAUGGCGGUGCAAAGCUCCCGAGUGCUCCAAGUUGUUCAAGGAAGAGCAUUUUUGGCGUAAGCACGUUGAGAAGCGCCACGGUGAUUGGCUUGAUAACCUGAGGCAAGAGUUUGAACUCAUAAACUCAUAUGUGAUGGACCCCUCUCACAUUGCACCCUCCAGAACUGACGCAAACUCAAAUGGCCACUUCCCGCCUUCCAAUGGCCAAUCCAGCAGUGGAACACCACGAGGCUUCAACCUGCAGAACUUUACCAUGAAUGGUAUGAUGGCAGGUAUGCCCGGCUUCCCCAUGGCUCCAGGCAACUUCUCGCCUAUGUUUGCAAACAUGCAAUCCGGAAGCUGGAACCCUAUGGACGAACGCUCUGGCGGAGGACCUAUCCGUCGCGGAGGAAUGGGUGGUGGACGGGGCCAAUACCGUUCUGGACCUUAUGAUCGCCGAGGCGGCAACCGUUUCGAUGGUGGCCGUAACCGCAACGGCGGAUCACGCUGGGGUGACGGUGCUGGAGGCGCUGCGGGCGGUCCUCGGGAGGCAGUCCAGGGCCGAAGCCUCAAGAGUUAUGAAGAUUUGGACCAGGUUUCAGGUGGUGGAAGUGUGAUCGCCUUAUUGAAAGAGCCUAAAAUAAGACGUAAGGGACACGUUUUAUCAAGCAGUAUUUGUCGAGAGCAUGCGCUAACUUACUACAGUCGACGAAAGAUCAACAAGGAUCCCAACAAUACAAAAUGGACUAAAGAUACGAAUACCUUCGGACAGAAGAUCCUGCGAGCUCAAGGCUGGCAACCGGGCCAGUUCCUCGGAGCCCAAGAUGCGCCGCACUCGGAAUUACACACGGCUGCCAACGCCUCAUACAUUCGCGUGGUUCUUAAGGAUGACAUGAAGGGAUUGGGCUUCAGCAAGUCGAAGGAGGAUGAAGUUACUGGUCUAGAUGUCUUUCAAGAUCUGCUCAGCCGACUCAAUGGAAAGACGGAUAAUGCCAUCGAGGAGGAUCAACAAGCGCGACUCGCUGUGAAGACGCACCACUUUGUCGAGCAACGAUACGGAGCCAUGAAGUUCGUGUACGGUGGUCUACUGGUGGGCGAUGAGAUGAAGGGAGUGGAAGAGAAGAAGGCCGAGCAGCAAACAGAGUCGAACUCCGACGAGGACGUUGUCAUGGAAUCCGCCCCUGCACCAAAAGAAUCCAAAAAGGAGAAGAAGUCUAAGAAGAGAAAGGCAACCGAUGACGAGGAUGAGGAGGAAACUUCAGGUCGAGAAACCGAUUCAAAGAGCAAGAAAAGACGCAAGGAAGAGCGAAAGCUAAAAGAGGGUGAUUUUGACGACUCCAGGGAAAAGAAGAAGAAGAAAGAGAAGUCCCGCAAAAAGUCCACAGAGGACAUCUCAGACGACGAGAACGCCGAAGAGCGCUCCAAGAAGCGAAAGUCCAAGUCCAAGGAUAAGAGCCGGUCUCCUGAGGGCUCAGAUGAAGAAAAGGUGAAGGACAAGAAGUCUAAGAAAGAGAAGAAAGAGAAGAAGAAGCGCAAGAAGGAGGAGCAAACAUCUGAAUCAACCAGCACAUCCGUCACACAGAACUCUACGCCCACGGCUUCGGUUCCUGGAACAGGAGCCACAACGCCGUCUGGCACAUCGACGCCUCGAGGGAGCCGGAACUUUGUGCGGUCACGAUUUAUUGCGCAAAAGAGACAGGCUGUGCUGGAUACCAAGGCACUGAACCAGGUAUGUACUGCUUAUUUCUACUAA